AUGAGUCAGAACUUGAAAGUUCUGAAGAAGUCAGAGUCAGAAGAUGAUUAUGAAAACUCUGAAGAUGAGUCAGAUGGUGAAUUUGAUUUUGAUCUAAAUUUUGAUGAUGAUUCAGAAUCUGGUGGUGGUCAUGCUUCUGAAAGGAAAAACUCUGAAGACGUAGGUUUUGAAGGACAAGCUUCUGAAGAUGAUCAUGUCUUUAAAGGUGGGCCUUCUGAAGGAGGAGCUUCUGAAGGUAGUCCAACCUUUGAUGAAGGUCAUGAUUUUGAAGGUGGUCAAGUAUCAGAUACUAUUCCAGAAUCAGAAAGAGUUUCUGAAUAA